CGGCUCGGUUCACUGCAAACACCACCUACCUCGCCAGUCCAGUCAUGUCCACCGCACCAGUCGCACAGACAGUCAAGGGAGUGCCUGGGACGGCCACAGCGCUGGGCAAGAAUGCCGCCGCUCUGCCAGGCUACAAACACCCGCUCGACCCGUUGGCCCCGGAGGAGAUCGUCGCCAUCUCGCUUGCACUGAGACGGCAUACGGCAGAGAAGACGGAUAUCAAGGCGAUUCGCUUCAUCACGACGUGCCUGCUGCCCCCGCCGAAACGCGACGUGCUCGCACACCUCGGCAUCCCGCUCGAGACGGGCAAGCAGCCUGAGCCUGCACCGAAGAUCGUCAGGAAGUCAGAAGUCGAUUUCGUCGAUGUAGUCGCUGGCAUAUCAUAUAACGCCAUACUUGCGCUAAACGGAGAUGCAUGGGAAGUGCAAGCUAUCGAGAAGCUGCCAGAGGGCCAGCAGCCUCAGAUCUCGGUUGAGGAGCUGCUGCUCUGCGAGGAUAUCAUCCGUGCGGACGAGCGGGUGCAGAAGCUCGCGAGGGAAGUUGGUGUCGAGCCGCAUCAGCUCUGCGCCGACGGCUGGGCGAUAGGAUAUGAUGACCGCUUUCCCCACAAGCAGAGGAUUCAGCAAGCAAUUCUCUUCGCCCGGCUUGGCCGACACGAGAACCUCUAUGCCCAUCCUCUGGACUUCAUCCCCGUAGUUGACUCUGUCACGCAGAAAGUCAUCCAUAUCGACUACCCGGGGGCGUUUACGAAAGCCUUUAACAACUCAGGCAAUUACGGCGCCGCUGGUACUACACAUGAUCUCUCCUCUGCGAAGACGACACCACCUCAUCUCAAGGACGACGCGUUCAAGGCGUCCGGCCGUGAGCGCAUCCCGCCCCCGCUGGGGCUGCACGACUUCCUGCCAGACCUCAUUGAGGAGAACUACAAGAAGGAGGGCAAGGAGUUCAAGCUCCGCGACGACCUCAAACCGCUACACGUCGUCCAGCCCGAGGGCGUCAGCUUCAAGAUCAAUGGGCAUGAGCUCGAGUGGCAGAAGUGGAAGAUGCACAUCUCGUUCCACCACCGCGAGGGUGUUGUCGUCUCGACCGUGACGUACAACGAUGACGGUAUCAUCCGCCCGGUCUUCUACCGCCUCUCCUUGUCGGAGAUGGUCGUCCCGUAUGGCGCACCGGAGCACCCGCAUCCGCGCAAGUUUGCGUUCGACUCGGGCGAGUACGGCAUGGGCACCAUGGCCAACGAGCUCACCCUGGGCUGCGACUGUCUCGGUCAGAUUCACUACUUGCCCGGCGCGUUCGUGAAGCACGACGGUACAGCGUUCAUUAUCAAGAACGUCAUUUGCAUCCACGAGGAGGACGCCGGUCUCUUGUGGAAGCAUACUGACUUCCGUGUUGGCGGCCGUGGACACGCUGUCCGUGCUCGUCGUUUGGUAGUGCAGAUGAUCUGUACGCUUGCAAACUACGAGUACAUCUACAACUACAUGUUCUACCAGGACGGCAACGUCGAGCUCGAAAUUCGUCUGACCGGCAUCCUGCAGGUGUACGCCGAGGACCCAAAUAAUCCGAGCUCGACCCCCUUCGCAACGACCGUCGCUCCGGGCGUCAGCGCGCAGUACCACCAGCACAUGUUCUCCGUGCGCGUCGACCCGAUGGUAGACGGCCUGUCGAACACCGUCGUCGAGACGGACAUCGUGCCCGUGGACGCGCCAACCGGCUCCGCGCACAACCACGCCGGGAACGGCUUCACGACGCGGGCGCGGCCGAUCGCGAAGGCGUCCGACGGCGGGCGCGACUUUGACCUCGCGACGGACCGGCGCUGGGCGAUCACGAACCCCGGGAGGCGGCACCCCGUGACGGGCAGGCCGACGGGGUACACCAUCAUGGGCAAGGGCGGCGUGACGCCGCUGAUGGCGCGCCCGGACUCGUGGGUCGCGAAACGGGCGCGCUGGGCGGAGCGCGCGCUGUGGGUCGUGCGCGACGUCGAGGACGCGCACGGCUCGCGCGUGUGGCCGAGCGGCAAGUACGUGCCGGGCUCGCGCGAGGAGAACCCGGACUCGGUCACGAAGUGGGCGCAGGGCGACGAGAGCCUCGAGGAGCAGGACGUGCUCCUGUUCCUCACGAUGGGCGUCACGCACAUUCCGCGUCCUGAGGACUGGCCUGUUAUGCCGAUGGAGCACCUGAAUCUGUUGUUUAGGCCUUUCAAUUUCUUCACGCAGAGUCCAGCGAUGGACGUACCCGGUGCGAACGACCAGCGCAGCGUGCCGGCGUUCCCUAACGGCGACAGCUGCUGCUCGAAUUCGAACUGAUCAAACAACCAUAUAUUCUCAGCAAUGUGUACAUUAGAUCUGUAUCUUUGGGGAUUUAGGGGCAAAGACCUGUUCAGUGAA